AUGCAAUUGGAUCUGCCACCUCCACUUAAUAGCAAUAUUCGCAAUGCGGCCUUCAUUAAGAGCAGCACGCGAGUCGCCGACUGUCCACCAGACAAGUUGCCCGAAUUUGCACUGAUAGGCAGGUCGAAUGUUGGAAAGUCUUCCCUUAUUAACUCCCUUACAAGGAAUGACAAACUGGCCAAGGUUUCCAAAGAGCCUGGUAAGCACCAUCUCAUAAACCACUAUCUCAUUAACGACUCGUGGUAUCUCGUGGAUUUGCCUGGAUAUGGGUUUGCCAAAGCGGGAAAGUCAAGUAAGGAAGAGUGGCUCAAGUUCACUAAGGACUACUUCAUCGAGCGCGAGAACCUGGUCAGCGUGUUGCUGCUUGUUGACUCCAGCGUACCACCCCAGGAGGUGGACAAAGACUGUGCAAACUGGCUGGCCGAGUGCGAGGUGCCCUUCUGCAUAGUUUUCACCAAAAUUGAUAACCGCAAGCGGGAUAUGCCUCCAAACGCGCAGAACAUACGGGCUUUUAAGCAGCUGAUGGCGGAGGAGUGGGAGGAACUGCCGCGAUGCUUCGAGACCAGCUCACGCACCGGGGCGGGCCGCUCGGAUCUAUUGGGCUAUGUGGCUUCCCUGCGCGAGCUGCACGUGCGCAGUACAUGA